ACAGUCCCUGUGAUUUCAAACUAGUAUAGAAAAUGAUACUGAAACUUCUAAGUAAACAUUAGCUUAUAUACAUGCUUAUAAUAUAAGCAGCCACUUCCGCGAGGAGAUUUUAUUAAUGUAGUUUAAUUGUUCGGUUCAUCCUUUCUGAAAACGUGCCCUUAAUACCUCCAAACACUCAACUUAAAAGCCCCACUGUGGUUGGUCUCAGAUGUCUUGUGCACUGAUCAGCGCCUCUGGAGCCCGGGUCCCACUUGAGGACGGACGAGCUGUGACUCUGGGCCGGGGUCCGGACACCGGAGUCACCGACAAGAAAUGUUCCAGGCACCAGGUGAAGGUGGUGGCUUCUUUUGUAGACAAGGCUGUGGUUGUAACUCAGCUGGGUUCCAAUCCAAGCUUUCUGGACAGUGAGAAGCUGACCCGGGGCCAGUCUGGUAAACUUAAGCACGGAGGGACUCUCUACCUGGUUAACCAGAACCACCCAUUUAAGUUGCGUUACUGCUUAAGCUCCAAUGGAACACCCACCAGUGCCACACCUAAAGGGCUGAAAGCAAAAGAUAAGACCAAGGGAGGAAGGAAUGAAAAGGAGGCACAGUCAAGUCCGACACCAAAGCGGAGUAUAAAGGAUUUCUUUGCUACGUCUCCAAUGAAGUCUUCCAAGAGACCACUGAGCCCAGAGAGGGGGCAGCCUGAGGUGAAGCGCACACGAAGGAAUGAGCAGGCCUCAGAUGGGAAGCUGGAGGAAGAGGACGAGGAGGAGAGACUGGCAGAGGAAAAGCUCAAACAGCUACAAGAGCUGGCAGAGAAGUCUCUGUCUGAUAGGAGUAACACCCAGCCUUCAUCUGCUGCAGCAUCGCCAUCAUCUUCAGUGGGAUGUCUGAAGAACAGUUGGCAGCAGAUAGGCAACCUGAUGCUUUACACCGCUGCUGGUGUCAAAGGGAGCGACAAGAUCGCUGGAUUCGACAUCAAUGGUUGCAUCAUCACCACCAAGUCCGGCAAAGUGUUCCCAACUGCACCAGAUGACUGGAAUUUGCCUGAACAUUGGGUUGCAGUUCCACACUGCAGGAAUUCUUCCUGGGCUGGAAGAGCGCCCCCUACAGGCUGCCUGAAUUUGACCCUUAUACCCUUGCAUUUGUCCUCAGCUGGAAAAUCCACCUUCUUCCAUACUCACAUCAUUCCAAAGGGCUACUUCUAUGUCAACAGGGAUACACUUGGGUCGUGGCAGAGCUGUGUGACGGCGUGUGAGCGCGCUCUGAAGGAAGGCUGCAGUGUGGCUGUAGACAACACUAACCCAGACCCAGAGUCUCGCAAAAGAUAUUUGGAUGUGGCCAAAGCAGCAGGAGUGUCCUGUCGCUGUUUCCACUUCUCAGCUUCUCUGGACCAAGCGAAACACAACAACCGAUUUCGUGAGAUGGCUCCAUCAGAGACCAAACACGCCAAGGUCAAUGACAUGGUUUUCCACAGCUACAAGAAACACUUUGUGGCUCCCAGUCUCUCUGAGGGAUUCUCUGAGAUCAUCCACAUCCACUUCAUCCCAAACUUCAAAGACAGCAAAGCAGAAACCCUGUUCCCACAGUUUUCCGAAGGCUGAUUGGACAGCACGUAGGCUAAGAUUUGGACUUUGGACGGAGAAAUAGAUGCCUUUUUACUGACUCCAGCCACGACAUAAUGUUAGGGAUCCUAAUGUCUGUAUGUUCAUUUUUAUGCUCACUGUCUGACCUGAAGCUACUGGAUCUGCAACACUCAAUUAAAGCU